AACCCAAGUGCACCAGGGAUGCAUAAUUAUGCAGGACACUGGAGUGACAGCCACACAAGAGUUUCAUACAAAGAAAAACCUGGCUUCUUUGGACAAAUACAGCAGAGUUUCUGGGCAUCUCUUAUUGGAAUUCUUCUUGUUGUUGUCUCAUUUCCUGUCAUUUACUGGAAUGAGGUACAUGUAACAGAGAAGUAAUGGGGUUUGCUUUUUUGAUACUGGUAUAAAAAUACUUGAUUGUCCGAUGGAAGGAUACAACAAGCAGAACAUUUGUUGCUGAAGAAGGGGAUUCUUAUAAAUGGUGGUAACAUGUGGAUUAAAAAUAUUUUGAUAUGUAAACACAUAGUUUUAAUUGCAAAUUUUUAAUCUCUCAUGUUCUCAACCAACAAACUGCUGUAGUCAAAACAAAUUAAUACAUGGCCAAAAAAUGCUAGUGUUGCUGAAAAUUGAGAGGGAGAUGAAGGGUAGUGUUCUCUCUAAAGCUGAAGGGGUUCAAUUGCCAAAAGAGCCCUAAAAUAAGAGACUCUGAUCUUUAAAUGAUUGUCAAGUUAGCAAAUUGUGAAGAAAGGGUAAAUUUCGAAGGGAAAAUCUAACAAAGUGGCAGAAGGCACUUUAGAAAAAGUAUUGGGGCUUUCUUUCCUGCCACCCCUUCAAUCAGUAAGCAUUUUCAUAUAUUUUUGGAUACGGAGCAGUAAUAAGUUUUAUUGCUGCAUGAUCAUUAAUAUUUUGCUGCCAAUACAUGGAGACAUAAAAUUACUACGGAAAAAUAUUAAAUGAUUCUGUUUAACUUACUAUAGCAAUUAACUGCUUAACUGUGAAAAUUGCUUUAUUAUUGAAUAUAUUAUUACCACAAUAGGGAAGAGCUGUUCAAACAGCCCUAUCAUUAGAUGAAGGCCUGAGACAAGUUGUUCGUCUUCAAUAUAUUGAUCAAGUCAGUCCUGAGUAUGACAACAGCUUGGUUCACUUAACAGGAAGUUUACAAACAGACAGAGUAAGUUCCACUCUUGGAUCCUAAUCUAAAGCCCCAGGUUUCCUGUACAAUUAUUUAUUGUUGCAACUGCUGAAAAAAGUCCAGUGAUCAAGACAAUACGUUUUAUUUUUUAAUAUUGAUCGGGAAAACAAUUAUGCAUUAUGAUACUUAUAACCACUGGUGCUAUAAUAAAUUAUUGUUGAAGAGUUGUUUCCAUAGUGAAUCUUGACAAAAACAGAGCUCACAAAUUUCUGAAAACAAGUUUGAUUGUGUCUUAAUCGGUAUAGUAACCUUUAAGCUACCUGUUUUAAAACAUGCUAGGGAAACAAGACGUUCACGCCUAUCAUUCAUCAUCAAACUGAACUAACUGAGGUGUUGUUUUCUUAGCCUCUAAGUGAUGAACAAUACGGCAUUGCUGUCAGGGCUGUGAAGCUAAGAAGAAAGGUUGAAAUGUAUCAGUGGGUGGAGCAUAAAAAGACUCGGUAAAAUAUAUAUUAUAACCUCAAUUAUUAUUAGACAGUUAUCAGUACUGCUUAUAGAGAGGGAUUAAUGUGCAUAAAUAUGGGCUUGUAACCAGGGGGAUUUGCUGAUAUUAUACAUUAAUUCAAGGGCUUGGUCAAAAACUGCAAAAACAUAAGUGAUGAUUUUGCUGAAAUACAAAGUUGUUUAAAAAUCACUGAAUUUUCAUGAAUGAUUAUUUUCCCUGUGUUACAAAACAGGCUUCUGCUUUUUUGAUACAAUGGAUUCCUGAUCAGCACUAGGGCUAUUGAUCGAAGUAAUAUUAUUUAGUGUGGUUUUACUUAUCUUUGACUUUAUUUCCUCAUAAUUAAUUAUGCAUUGAUUCACUUCAUUCACUUACUUCAUCCAAUUGAUUUUUUUUAGAGAAUAUGACGAGGGAGGAAAAACAAGAGUAGAAACAACUUUUUCUUACUGUAAGUAAAUAAAUAAAUAAAUAAAUAAAUAAAUAAAAAAGUGAUCUAUAUAUAAUUCCACUAUUUUUUUUACAUGCCGUUAUAUUUUCCUUUGAGAUAACAUAGUCAUUGAAUAGUAUACUUGACUGUGUAUGGAUAUCAUCACUUAUUUUACAAGGGGGUGAAGCAUUGCCGCCAGUUACCUUUGGGCAGGAUAAAUGACACUGAUAAAUAUGUCUGUGCUAGUCCUUCUAUUUUUUACUGUACAUGCAUAAUAUGCAUGUACAGUAAAAAAUAAAAGGACCUGAGCACAGACAUAUUAUGUUACAGGUCAAAAUUAAAUCCUUGAAAUAUAUGGUUAUUGUAGCAAUGGAGUGGAAAGACCAUAUUGUUAGAAGUGGUGAGUUUGAUAAUCCAUCAGGACAUCAAAACCCUCACAGCAUGCCGGUGGAAUCUUAUACAAUUAAAUCAGACCCAGUCAAGGUUGGAGCGUUCAUUUUGUCAAAAGGUAAAGUACAGUAUCAUAUGUGAAUAAAUCUUCUUUUCUUUUAAUGAAGAAGCCUAACCGUAUAAACCUUGAAAUAUAAAGAAGAUCAUCACAGUUGAAGAAUAACAUGCAAUUUAGGCAGUUGAGAAAAGAAUGCCUGAAAAAAUUCAGGCGUGUCAGGAUUUGAACCUGGACCUCUGUGAUCCUGGUACAGCACUCUAACCAAUUACGCUGUAGCAAAAGCACUUCCACCAAAAUUAAUAAAAAGUUUGAGGUCAUGCCAUUUCCUGAUAACUUUUUUUGUUAUUAUUUUAUUCUUUUGACUUUCUUUUUAUUUAUUUCUCAUUCUUUUUUUUAGGCCUUGUUGAAAAAAUAAAUGAGUUUCACCCGCUUGCUCCAAGAGAUUUGGUCAAAAGAGGACGAAAAAUGUACAUUCACGAUGGAAUGUUUUAUCAUACAAAGGAUCAGUUUUAUCCCGCGGUAAGAAAACUCAAGCAGCCAUUAUAGCAUCUCGGCACAGGUUUUCAUCCACGAAUGCUCUCAUAACCUGCAACACAUUGUCAGAUGACCAGGACAUAAUUGAAUUGCCUGCCUUCUACAACAAUGUCAUUUUUUCCAAUACAUUGUACAGGCAUUGAGAAAAAUUACUCCCAGAAAAUAUUAAUGCCAUUAACACUAUACUGGAUGACUCUUCAGGUUGUUGUAAGUACAAUAUGUUGGAACUGUUGAAACUAUAAAGAUCCAAAUAAAUGAGAAACUCAAUCAGCCUUACAUGUAGUGAAAAAGUUAUUUUAUUAAUGAAAAGAAGAUAUUAUACAGCUUUUUUGUUCUGUCUUGAUUUUUUUUUUUAAGUGUUUCACUGCUAUGCAAAUAACUAAUAAUUUAUAUCAUUUCUAAUAUACCUAUUUUGUUGUUGUUAUUGUUUAGGUUGGUGAUGUGCGGGUGCAGUUUUCUUAUGCUGGACUGAGUGGAAAACCUGGCUCGGGACUAGGGGACCCCCUGAAGGUAGAGAAAUACUCUCAAGAGUAAUCAAUAACCAAACUACUCCCUCUUAAGAAAACAAGCGACAACAUGUGAAACUUGCACAUGCUUGCAGAACUUAGAAAAAAAAUGAUUGCUUCUGUUUUUCUAUAAACAGGUCAGUAUUGUUGCCCGACAGCAAGGAGGAGCACUGUCCCAUUAUAACACCGAAUCUGGGGAUACACUGGAGUUUCUCUACCCUGGAGAAAUGAGUGCAGAGGUAAAUAAAAAUGUUUUCAAACAACAACACAUAUCUACACCUGAAUGUACUUUCUUCUUUUGGACUUAAUGGCAUACCAGAACAGGUUUCAAAAAUAGGCUUGGCAUUUUCAAAUCAUCUAUUAACAGUUUAAUUAAACCAGUGAGAAGUUGGCCAAAUUUUGGUAUUUUCAUUCUCCACCUUAAUAAAGUUCUUUUUUGUUUGUUUGUUUUCUGAAUUGCAGGAGAUUUUUGAUGCCGAGCAUUCUGCCAAUACUCUUCUCACUUGGGCCCUGAGGGGAGUAGGUUGGGUCUUGAUGUUUAUCGGAUUUCAAAUGAUGACAAGCAUUCUUACUUUGUUGAGUAAGUAAAACGAUAAACAUUACCUUAAGGCAGUCAUUGUAGACAGUCAGGUAAAGGAACAGUAGGCCCUAGCUAUAGCCCUAAUACAAGGGCUUCUUGCUAGGAAGAACAAAAGAAAUCAGAGGUUUCAAAGACCUGACACCAGCUAUGUGUUAGAAAUUUAAACAUGCUUUGUUUUAUUUUCCAGUCUCUUGGGUGCCAAUUGUCCGUGAGCUGGUGGGCCUGGGUUUGACCUUACUAUGCCUGUGUCUUGCCACCUCGUUGUCAUUGGUUACCAUAGCAAUUGGCUGGAUCGCUCACCGACCACUUCUAGGCAUGACAUUAUUGGCAGCAGCUGCUGUGCCAAUACUGAUAUCUAGACAACGGAGGCAGAAUACUUAUGACCGCGACAGAUGAACACAGAGCUUUCAGUAUUAACAUUAGAACGAUCAUAGUUCUAUGCUAUCAUUGGUUGCUAUUAAGGUGAAUUUUUAACAGAUCUCAAUGUAUAUAGGAGAACAUUGCUCUGCAGAGAGUGCAUUUUCCACACUGAGGGUCCAAUGGCACACAGUUUUCACAGGCUGCUCUAAUCUUAGACAUGUUUUAGAUCCAUUUUCCAGUCAAAAUGCAAGUUACAGAGAAAGGAAAGCAGUGGAACUCUUGUGGAAGUCUCAGUUCCCUGAAUUGUCAAACUAGACUGGUCUAGCCUAAAUUUGACGUGACUUUGGCAGUUCAUGUCAAGCAUUGGCUUCUGUAUAAACUAUAAAUUUAUUUUAUAAGGUAGAUAAUAACCUGAGCAUGGGCUUAUUUCCCAAAGAGGGACUGGUUAUUAAGCCUAGAUUCAAUGCAGCUAUAUAUAUAGAAGCCUACAAACUUGAAUAGUUUGUUACUAUAGGUGGCAAGCAUGAAU